UUAUACGUCUUUCUCUUCUGUUAAGCUCUAGGGUUCGUUGACUUGGUAUAUCUUUGUGAUGUUGAUGCACACUUGACUUAAAUCUUUUUACUUAAGCGGAAAGGUGAUGCAAUGAAGCAGUUUUCAAACCAUUUAUCUUCAGGUACUACUAGGAUACCGACUAUAAAUAUCCCAAAAGAAGCAGGAGGUGAUGCAUGGGGCAUUUUGUCUGGAUCCAACACUUACUAUGGCUCAAGUGAUGCUAGCCUUUUUUCAAGCUCACUGCCUGUUCUUCCUCACGAAAAAUUUAAUUUGAAUGAAUCAGAACAUGGUUUUCAAUCUGUGGAAUACGUCCCGUCUGACCUAGAGAAACUACAACAAGAUGUGGAGGGCAUUGAUUCACUUGAAGAUCUUGAAACUCAUGCAAUUGGAAGCUUGCUUCCUGAUGAUGAGGAGGAGCUUUUAGCUGGCAUAAUGGAAGACUUUGACCUAAACGGGUUGCCUGGUUCACUGGAGGACUUGGAGUUGGAAGAGUAUGAUAUUUUUGACAGUGGAGGAGGUAUGGAAUUGGAAACUGAUCCACAAGAGAGCUUGAGCAUGGGUAUGUCAAAGCUUUUAUCUGAUGGUGUUGUUGGGAAUGGGAUGCCCCACUAUGCUAUUCCGAAUGGCGUGGGAACUGUUGCUGGAGAACACCCGUAUGGUGAACAUCCUUCCAGAACAUUAUUUGUUCGAAAUAUUAACAGUAAUGUUGAGGAUUCAGAGCUAAGUGCCCUCUUUGAGCAAUAUGGUGAUAUCAGAACUCUGUAUACUGCAUGUAAACAUAGGGGUUUUGUAAUGAUAUCGUAUUAUGAUAUCCGUGCCGCUCGAACUGCUAUGCGUGCCUUACAAAACAAGCCGCUAAGACGGAGGAAACUUGACAUUCACUUCUCAAUUCCAAAGGAUAAUCCAUCAGACAAGGAUAUUAAUCAAGGAACCUUGGUAGUUUUUAAUUUGGAUCCUUCUGUUUCAAAUGAAGAUCUCCGUCAAAUAUUUGGGGCUUACGGCGAGGUCAAAGAGAUAAGGGAAACACCACACAAGAGGCAUCAUAAAUUUAUUGAAUUUUAUGAUGUCAGAGCUGCAGAAGCAGCACUUAAGUCAUUAAAUAGGAGUGACAUAGCUGGUAAACGCAUAAAGCUUGAACCUAGUCGUCCUGGUGGAGCUCGUAGAAACUUGAUGUUGCAACUGAAUCAAGAGCUUGAACAAGAUGAAUCUCGAAGUUUUAGAGCUCCAGUGGGUUCUCCAAUUGCCAACUCUCCACCAGGUAACUGGGGGCAGUUUAAUGGCUCUAUUGAACAUAAUUCUAUGCAAACAGCCAGUAAAUCCCCUGUUUAUAGGAACCUGAGCCCAACAGCAGGCAAUCAUUUGCCUGGAUUGGCUUCAAUUCUGCACCCACAACUAUCAACCUCUGUGAAGGUUGCUCCCAUUGGCAAGGACCAAGGAAGGGGUAGCCAUGUAGAACAUAUGCUAAGCAGUACAAAUUCAGCUUAUGGGGCUACUUUGCAACAGUCACAUUCAUUUCCAGAGCCCAAGUCGACCCAGUACCAUCAAACAAUGACCUCUUUUGGCCCUUCAACUUCAAAUGGAUCUGGCAUUGAAACAUUAUCUGGGCAGCAGUUUCUUUGGGGAAGUCCGAAUCCAUACUCAGAGCACACCAGUUCUUUAGCUUGGUCAAGACCAUCUAUGGGACUUCCUUUUACAUCUACUGGAAAUGGCCCUGCCUUUCAAUACUCAGGUCGGCAUUCCUCUUUGCUCGGCUCAUCCCAGCCACAUCACCAUCAUCACGUUGGGUCUGCUCCAACUGGUGCUCCUUUUGAGAGGCAUUUUGGUUUCUUCCCAGAGUCACCAGAAACAUCAUUAAUGAGUACUGUUGCUUAUGGAGGUUUGGGUUUGGGCCCUAGUGAUGGAAAUUUUAUGGUGAAUAUGGGUGCUCGUGCUGCAAUUAACCCUGGCAUUAAUAUACCUGGGAGCAUGUCUGAAAAUGGCUCAUCAAGUUUCAGGAUUCGGUCCUCCCAAAGGCUUAGCCCUGUGUUCUUAGGUAAUGGCCCAUUCCCAGGAAUGCCACCUUCCAGCAUGGAUAGUUUGGCUGAGCGUGGGCGGAGCAGAAGGGUUGAGAACCAGGUUGAUAGCAAGAAACAAUUUCAGCUUGACUUAGAUAAGAUUAAAAGUGGGGAAGACACCCGAACAACUUUAAUGAUAAAAAAUAUCCCAAAUAAAUACACCUCGAAAAUGUUGCUAGCUGCUAUUGAUGAAAAUCACAGGGGUACUUAUGAUUUCCUCUAUCUGCCGAUUGAUUUCAAGAAUAAAUGUAACGUGGGCUAUGCAUUUAUCAAUAUGCUAUCUCCUUCUCACAUAAUUCCGUUCUAUGAGGCAUUUAAUGGAAAGAAGUGGGAGAAGUUUAAUAGUGAGAAAGUUGCUUCCUUGGCAUAUGCUCGAAUCCAGGGAAAGGCAGCCCUUGUGACCCACUUCCAGAAUUCAAGCUUGAUGAAUGAAGAUAAGCGGUGUCGACCAAUUCUCUUUCACUCAGAGGGUUCAGAUGUUGGUGAUCAGAUCAUCCAGGAACAUCUUCUCUCCAACAGUUUGAACAUCCAGGUCCCCAAAACAAAUGAUUCCCACUUGGGCAAUUCUUCAGGAAGCCUGACGAAGGAUGGCUCCGGUGAGGAGCCAGAAAGUUGUUGACAGUUUCCUGUGCAGAUUGCACUUGGCCACACUGAUGGUCGCUGUGAAUGCUAACUUUUGCGUAUAUAAUCAAGUGUAUAAAGUUCUAGGAAGAAAUGAAUCCCAGACAAGAAGAAAAAGAAAAGAGGCAAGGAGGUUUUGUAUGGAAGUACUUUCCUAAUUUUGUUUAGAGAGCUUUGGAAGAAGCUGUAGCCUGUAGGAGCAUUUUGGUGAUGUGCGAUGCAGAUAACUGGCUUGAUAUUAAAAGGGAGGAGCAAAGGGGAAAGCAUGAGCGAACUCAAUUAUCUGAGCUGGCAAAUGCAAGUACCAGUUUGUGCCAUGAUGAUUUCUCCUAAGACCUCUGCUCUUUUCAUUUUGUUGACAUUUGUUGCCGGAUAACUUAUUCAUCUGCAAAUAUGAUGUUUAUAUGGGUAAAUGUGCAGGAGCUACUUCUUUCUUUUUUUUUUUUUCUAAUGGUUGGCAAUUUAGCAUGGGCUACAAAAUUGUAUAGUUGGGGAGGGAGUUCAAUCUUUUUAUGUAUUUGGUUUUCUUGAAGUGGAAAUCCGGAUGUUGUAUCAGUAUGUGGAACAUGACAUUGUACA